CGUGUUAUAAAAUAGAGAGAAAUAUAAGAGAGAUUGAUAGAGAAUAUAUCAGUGUAUUUCUAUUCCAUAUAAUGGGGUAUAUAUAAAUACAAUAUAUUAGGGUUUGAAUGGAUAAGAAUAUAAACCCUAGAUCUAGAUUGUUCCGGAAUGAUACAAAUGAUGAUAAUGGAUAUCCACAAAUAUUUCAUAACACAUAUUACUAUUAGUGGCAUAUAUUAACAAUAAGUCAAUGGAAAUGAUGAAUUGAUGAUCGACUAGAUAAAGAUAGACUAUUCUGGCCCAUUAGUAGUUGUAUAUAAAGGGCCCAAAUGGCCCAUAAAGAUUAAUUGUUUGGCCCAAAAUAAAUUUGGCCCACCCAACAACAGCUAACGGCUAGUAGUGUUGUGUAACAACGGAUCCAAACAAAAAGAAACAGAAAAUUUCAAACCCCUGAAGCCUCUUCCUCCAUAAUCUUAACGGCUAUUUUUAACGACUUGAUUUUCUCUGGAUUCUCUCUUUCUUGUUCUACUUUUUCAUUAAUUUCUCUUUAUCUCUCUUUAUUUCAUCUACAAAAAAAACAUAACCCACUUCCGUCAAUUAAUUCCAAAAAUAAACAACCCUGAUUUUAUUUUUAUUUUAAAUUUUUUUUACCCUCCCCUGUUUCUGUAAAUUUUGAUCAAAGAAUUAGCAAGAAUCAGAAUUAAGAAGAAAUUGCAUUUUGUAAAUAUUGUUGAAUGAUCAAGCCUUAAGGUCAGGUUAUUGAAUUCUUAAAACAGAGAUUUGUAAGAUAGAUGGGGAAAGAGCUAGAAGAGGCGAAAGCGGAGAUUGAGAGGCUUAAAUGUAGCUUGGAGGAUAAAGAUUACAUCAUAAAAACGCAAUGGGAUGAAACGAAAACGCUCAAAACGCUCGUUUCGGAGCUGCAGAAGAAAGAAAAGGAGGAUGUCAAAUCACCUGUAAACAAUCAGGAAGGUGAUUUGUUAGAAGAGUUAGUUGAGAGACACAGAAAGGUGGAAGAUGAGCUCAAAUGGAAGGUGGAGCAGUUUAAGCAUCUUGAGGAAGCGUAUGAGAAGCUUCGAGAUCAGUUUCGUACGAGUAAAACAGAAUGGGAGACUGAGAAAUCAUCGUUGGUUGAUGAGAUAUCGAAGCUGCAGGAAAGCUUUGAUGAUGAAAACCGGGCUGCAGAAGGGCUUAAAUAUCAAUUAGCAAUGUGCAAGCAAGCCUUGGAGAAUGAAGAAAGCCGGAGGAAAAAGCUGGAAGAGCAAGUUUCUGAAAUGAAAUUGUCAUUGGAAAGUGUGGCACGCGAGGGUUUUGGAGGGAAGAUGGAGGGGGGGUGCUUAGCUGUGGAGAAUGGCGAGGAGGAAGUGGCGAAUCUGAGGCAUUCGUUGCGUGUGAAGGAGAUGGACUUGAAGGAUAUGGAAUACAAGGCUAAUAAACUGGAGAAAGAGAAUCAGGAACUCCUGACCUCUAUUAAAGAGCUCCAGGAAGCUCAUAUACCGAGAGCAAUUCCAACUUCAUCCUCGUGGGCUAAGCUCAAGACGAGACUGAAAUCGUUGGAGCUCAGCCACAAAGAAUGUUCAGCUAAUCUUAAGGCUAAGGAAGCUGAAUGGAGUUCUAAAGCUGAUAGAAUGGAUAGAGAGCUUGAACGGUGUAGUUCUAACUUGAAGAGUAAAGAUCAAGUCAUAGAAGAGCUGAAGAAGGAACUAGAAGGCUGCAAUUCUUCAUUAACACAGUUGAAGAUGCAGAAUGAAGAACUGUCUUUAAUGUUGCAGUUGAUGCAAUCAGAAGGUUCGGAAAACACAGAGUGUGGUACAGCACAAUUGAUGGAGCAGUUAGAGAAGAUACGGGGGGAAAAGCUUGGAAUGCAGGAGGACCUUGAUAAACUAAGAGAAGAGCUAGAAGAAUUGCGCGAAGCUUUAGAUGUGAUUGAUUCUGAGUUGACAGACCAGACUAAUGAGAGGAAUGGACUUGAAUAUGAGUUACAAGAUUGGAUAUCCAUAGCAGCGCACCUCGAAAUGCAGGUUAUAAAAGGCCAGGCAAUGCGCAGAGAUUUAGAAUUAUCCUUGCUUGAACAAGCAGAGGUUGAGGAAAUGCUUAAGAUAGACACAGAAGAGAAGGACAGAAGAAUAGGUAACCUUGAGCAGCAGAUAUAUUUGAUGGACCAAGAGAUUAGAAUAGAAGAGGAUGAUACCACUGAAGAGGACGAAAAAGUAUCACCAAGGAUGCAGUUGGAAGAUGAACAACUACAACUGGAAUUACUGGCAAGAGAACUUGAAGAAGCCGUAGUUGUACAUAUCAUGGAAGAGAGAGACUACUCAUUUGAUCAGAGUUCGCAAGAAGACAUGGAACCUGCAGAAAUGCAUGAAAGAAUGGUAGUUCAAGGAUUCGAUGAUAACAAAAUAAGAAUAAGUCUUGAAGGUGAAGAUAUUUGUGCCUCAAAAGAGAAUGCAAGUCAGCGACAUUCUCACUUGAGAAAGACAAGCGAAUCCCUCAUUGAGGGAAGAUCGCCGUUCAGAGAGCUUAACUAGGAGAUAAUCUAGAAGAACAACUACUGUAAUCACUUGACUUGUAAAUGAGGAACAUUUCGUCAAGUCACCACUCCUGACAUUUCUUUUUCAUUAAUUACUCCCAUUGCUUAGAUGGAGAAGUAUCCGAUUCUUUUUGUGUG